AUCAGACUCUUCAGGGAGAUCGGUGUAGGAGGGGCUCUGACAUAUAUAGCCAGCCCACAGAUGGUUAGACCUGCCCAGAGACUAGCAGGGGAGUCAGGUCCCAGGAAGUCCAGAUUAAGAAGAAUCCAAGAAGGCAGGAGGCUGUGGGAGAGAAGAGCCCUGACUUCUGCCAACCUUCACCAUCAUGGACCCUCGAGGCUUCCUCCUGAUGUUGCUGCUGCUGCUAAUGAUACUGAGUCACGACCACAAUAGGCUGUUGGCUCUCUUCAAGAAAAAACAUUAUUGGUCAUGCCCCCAACUCAAGAUGAAGUGCCUUUACAAAGAGUUUCCUGAUUGCUUGAGUGACAAAAACUGCAAAAUCCAUGAGAAAUGUUGUCAUUUAAGCUGUGGGAUGAGAUGCUUGGGCAUUGAUGACAACCCAUGUGAGGAGAUUCCCACUGUUAAACCUUGUGCCCAAUCUAUAACCCGCUGGUACUUCAAUAUUACAAAAAAUCGUUGUUUACCCAUUGAGUUCAACCAAUGCAGUAGAAGCAAAAACAACUUUCAGACUCGUGAAGUUUGCAGAAGGACCUGUUUAGAAUUUGGACAUGGAACACCAAUAAAACUCUUUGAGCUCGAAGGAGAGCCAUUUACUGUGCUAAUUUAGGCAAAUGCAGCUCUCUGACGCGCUUCAGGAAUCUCUGUUUCACAGAGCAGCAGCAUCUCAGAACUGCAGAGCAUCUCAGAGGUCAUCUUGUCUUCUAUCUACUUCUCCAGACUCUCCUCCCCAACAUCCCAUUGCAAGGCGUCCUCCAGCAUCUCCUUAAAGGCCUUUAGGGAUGGGGCGCUCACUCCUUUCUGAAGCUAUCCAUUCCAUUUUUGCAUAUCAGAAAGUUUGAUCAUAUGCACAAGGUUCCCCAGGAAGUCAGUACAAAACUUGGGAUCAGAAUCCUUCAUAUCCUGACACUUCUUAGAUGUGAGACCCCGUGUAAGGCAUUUCCCCUUUACUAGCCUUAUUUUUCUCCUCUGUCCCAUGAGGGGGGUGGGAUUUGAGGGUCUCCCAGGUCCCUUCCAGCUCUAAUUUAUGAGCGGUCUCUCUCCAGAAUGAUGGAAAAUCUGCCUGGAAUUGUGGGAGAAAUGCUGAGCAUGGUGGAUCUCACAUUGUCAGCAGUGAUUGUAGGACAAAAGGUCUCCUCUGGGGGACGACAGUGAAUAGACAUGUAAACAUGGCUCCCCAAGGCCAAGAGGAUCAUGAUGGUCCCCAAACACCAAGAUCCGAGACUUUUUUUUUUGUAGUCGAGUCAUUUCAGUAGCGUCCAACUCUUCAUGAUCCCAUUAGGACUUUUUUUUUUU